AUGAAUAUUUUUAGAUUCUUCGGUGAUUUAUCACAUUUAGCUAGUAUAUUGUUAUUGUUAUAUUCAAUUGAACGUAACAAAUCCAUCAACGGUUUAUCAAUUAAGACUCAAGUGUUAUAUGUUGUUGUUUUCCUUACUAGAUAUUUGAAUUUUUUCUUCAAGUAUGUUUCGUUCUAUAACACUUUAAUGAAGAUAUUCUUUAUUGCUUCAUCCAUCUACACUGUUUACAUCAUGGUAGCUAAAUAUCAAAAAUCGAUCAAAGAAAAUGUCGAUAACUUUCCAGUUAGAUACUUAUUAGGUGGUGCAGCAAUUGCUUCAUUAAUUUUUACUCAUAAAUAUACUGCCAGUGAAGUUAUCUGGUCAUUUUCUUUAUGGUUAGAAAGUGUUGCUAUUAUUCCACAAUUAUUCAUUUUACAAAAGACUGGUGAAGCUGAAAAUAUAACAACUCAUUAUAUUUUUGCAUUGGGAUUAUACCGUGCCUUAUAUAUUCCAAAUUGGUUUUAUAGAUACUUUGCUGAGGGAAGAUUUGAUUAUGUUUCAAUUUUAUCAGGAAUACUCCAAACUGUUAUAUAUUCUGAUUUCUUUUACAUUUAUUAUACUAGAGUUUUACAUGGUAAGAAAUUUUCUUUACCAGUUUAA